AUCUCUUUGCCUUCAAUUUCUUAUUCCCGAGCUCACAUUCGUCUGUCCGCCUUUGACUCUCUUUGCUGCUACAUCACCAUCAUCAUGGCCAGCACUUCCUCGAGGACCCUGGAGCGCGCAGUCAGGAGGGCUUUGCAACCCAUCUCGCCCUUUUCCUCUUUCGCGUCGACGUCGGCAUCGGCAAUACCGGCAUUGUCUACCCCACCUCCCUCUACCUCGUCGUCCGCACGUCGAGUACCGGCCACAUCGCAAUUCCACACCUCCGCUCGCAAUUGCAGCGCUUGGCCGGCCGGUGUUGAUGCCGAGGAUGGCAUGCAUGCUACCAUGUCGUCAUCAUCUGAGUCUGUCGAGGGAGGUGGAAUGGUCGGCGGGUCUCAGGAGCGGAGAUCUACACGUCUCCAACAGUCGGCGCCCAUUGAUCGCACCGAUGCUGGUAACAGUAAGACCAGGCAACAGCUCGAGAUGCCCAAAAGUCGCCCACCAAAGUCAAUACCUCAUCUUAUGGAAAUGAAGAGACAAGGGCAACCAAUCGCCUGCCUCACAGCCUAUGACUAUCCUUCUGCCCUCUCUCUCCGCCACGCGGACAUCGACAUCUGCCUCGUAGGCGACUCCAUGGCCAACGUCGCACUGGGUCACUCCUCCACCCAGUCUCUCACGUUAGAAGCAACAAUUCACCACUGCCAAGCAGUCUACCGCGGCCUCUUCUCCCCUUUGCUGUCAAUCUCUCCCAACACUCCUGGAGCCCCGCUUCUCCUGGCAGACGUCCCCUUUGGCACCUUCCAAACUUCCGAAGAGGAAGGAGUUAAGAGCGCAGUAAGGCUGCUAAAGGAGGGAGGAGUCGAUGGAGUGAAGAUCGAGGGAGGGGCAGAGAUUCUUCCCCUCGUUCGACGCUUGACCAAGUUUGGUAUUCCAGUCAUGGGUCACCUAGGUCUUCAACCACAACGCGUCUCCUCCUCAGCAGGAUAUCGUCUCCAAGGCCGAACGGCAGACGAAGCCUACACCAUCCUGUCCGAGGCACUCGCCCUACAAGAAGCCGGAGCUUUCAGUAUUGUGCUGGAGUGCAUACCGAACAAGAUUUGCGAAGUGGUAAGCAAGGCACUUCGUAUCCCUACGAUUGGAAUUGGGGCGGGUCCGAAGGCUGAUGGCCAGAUUUUGGUUACGAAUGAUAUACUGGGAGAGAUCACCAGCCCUUGGCAUGUGGUUGCUGGCUUGGCCAAGGCAGGAGUAGGAGAAGUACCAGCCCUCCAACAACCAGCCCCUCCUGGUCCCAAAUUCGUGCGCAAUUUUGUGGACGAAGUCCUCUCUGGGCGCGUGCAGCCUCGUAGUAGCAGUGGUGAGGAGGACAAUUUUGCCUCCCCUGGUCCUGCAGCUGAGGGGUCCGCUCCAGUCGCAGCUUCAUCGGGGCCUACUGGAAUUGGAGCGAUCCGCAUGGCCGCCAUUGAAGCCUACGUCGAUGCAGUGAGGGAGCGCUCCUUUCCCGAUGCGGAGCGUGAGGGGUACAAGAUCAAGUCGGCUGAGCUGGCCGACUUUAUGAAGAGGGCGGGGCCGCUUUUGCAGGGAUGAGCAGCGGGGCAAGGACCGAAUACCAGGGCAUGAACAGAGCAGAGGGAGAAGCGCUCAGUGUAGAGACGGAUCGCAAGCACAACAGAAUCAACUAAUCAAUUCUUGAUAUUGUGU